AUGCUCAACAGCAGGAAGAUGCGGAUAGGUUCAGAAGAUGAGGUCUCCCUGGUUGAGAGCCGGGACUACCGGCUGCCAAACAACCAGAGAAAGCAGCAUUUCUCACAGCUCCUUUACAGCUUCACACCUUCACGACACGAUGUUAUUCGAAGUGAUACCGCUAGCACUGGCCGUGUUGGCCCACGGUGUUCUCGGAACCCCCCAGAGUCGCCCGGCUCCCCUCACCAACGAUACAAUCGCCAGAGGUAUUACUGCCCUGGGUGGGCUAAAAAAUCUCUCUUCGAUUCAGACGGUCACUUACAUUGGGGGACGGUGAGCAUUGCGGAUCAGACGAGGACAUGCGAAAAGGAGCUCACUAUCACUAGAACUUACCGGACAAGAUCGCUACCUGAAACAUACUCUCUGACUGGCGUUGAUACUUUCGUCGCGAAUGCUGGUAGCCAGAACAUCUCCUUUUCCUUUGAAGGGGAUAACCUCAAGCAGCGAAUUGACAGAUCUCACGAGCUGAGUGCUUUUUACUAUUUUGCUAGGCCUCGUCUGGAUCCUAUUGAGUAUUCUCUUGUCGUUCAAGGAGGCGAAAAGGGAUUCGCUGCGACUGUUGAUGGGAGUAGUGUGCUCUUUGCUCCUACAGCACCCCCUUCAGGUUACGCCGAUGGGCUCCUAGCUUCAUUUCUCAUCAAUGAAGCGUAUAGGUGGUCACCCAUUCUGCUCUUUACUAUCUUCUCAAACAAUAACUACUCAGUGCGAGAAGAGGAGAUUGUGAGCGGUCAGAAACUCCCAGCCGCAAAAGAGCAAUCUCCGCUAACGCUUUUGACCUUGACAGUGUACGACGCAACUCUCGACCUCGCCGUCAUCCUCAAUCCCAAAACAUACCUUCCUUACAUCAUCCGCUCUUACGAGAACCACAAGAUCUUUGGCCGAUCAACACACGACCUACUACUUCAAGACUACACCUUAGUCGACGGCAUUAUGCUCCCACACCGCUUCAAGAUAUACUACAAUGGCGACCUACUGCUCACAGACUACGUCGCUGACGAAGUGCUUGUCAACACAAACUUGGAACCGACCUUGUUCAAUGUUCCAGGGAGCCCUGCAGAAGCCAAUAUUCCAAUCCGUGACAGUUCCUACGACUUUGCCGAGAUUGGUGGGUUCUACCAGAGUUACCUGUGGAAUGGGCCCUACGGCGGCACUUUGUCCAACGUUUCAGCCAGCAACCCGUACCCAGAUUUUCCAGGCGUGUGGAUUGUGGUAGUUGAGGAUGCACCGCUUUACAGGCAGAUGGUUUUGGAGCUGGAUGAUGAGGUUAUUGUGCUUGAUGCCCCUCCGCAUCAGAGUCACCUCAUUAUGCAGUGGGCGCUCAAGACACUGGGAAAGGCAGUGACACAUGUCUGGCCUUCCCACCACCAUCAUGAUCAUUCGAUGGGCACUGCAGACUACGUAGCUGCCGGAGCACAAGUCAUAGCUCUUGCGCAAGCACAAGAGCACUACUCUAACGUUUCAGCGAGUCAUUUCGUUACCUACACACCAGCAUGCCCAAGUAGCAACAGCACUACCCUCGUCUUCGACGCCGACCAUGGAAAUCUCGCAACCCUUGCAACUGGUGAUCAUGCAGGCGCCUUCGAGCUGGUCCACAGACUCGCAAGUGAUCGGGUAGCAUUCAACACCACAUACAUAGCAUCAUCGGUGCACAUGACGUCCCAGCCCCCCUUGCAGGAUUUGCUGAAGCUAUCGGAUACCGCUAUCCUGGCUAUUCGCCCGCAGACUUCAGGUUUGGCCAAGGCCAAUGCUGGUGAGACUACUAUUCAAGGAUAA